AUGACGACCAUAUCCGAUGCCCGUCCUUCUUUGACGAAGAAUGACUCCGCGGUCCUCCAGGCACUGUUUGACGCCGAAUCUUCCCCUUCAUCAGGCAUCACAGUCAGCCCAUCAAUACCUUCAUGGCCAGCAACAGUGGAUAUCUCUCCCGCUGACCUCAACGUCCUCAAAUCCCGUGAGACACAAAUCAUCCGCGAGCUUCAAACCACCGAAAAUCCAGACGAGGCCACUGUUCGAUCAGCUCUUUCUGAACUGAGCAAACUCGUGGACCAGCACCCAUCGUACCCUCCUGCAUACACCAAUCGCGCACAAACACUGCGUCUCCUGGCCGAUCUCCAAUAUACCCAGGAACACCCGGAUGCCACCGAAUCAAGUCCCGACGAGUCUUUAUUCACUCCGGCGGCCGCCGAGAUUUCAUCUCGUGUUUUCGUGGAUCUUGGAAAGGCCAUCACAUUGGCAACUCCCGCAUCGCCGGCGGAUCCGGUCUCACCUGUUCAGGCACGCCUACUGGCCGAUGCACACACACAUCGUGGGUAUCUGCUGUUGAAAAUGGCGCGGGUGAAGCAGACUCGUACACAGCCAGAAGCGGAUGCUCUUGGCCCGGAGCGGCUGCGUGAAUACAGCGCGGAUCGGUUGGAGGAGAUGGCGAGUCGGGAUUUCUUCUUGGGGGGACGGUACGGAAACAAAGUGGCUCAGCAAUUGGCUGUGCAGACGAAUCCGUAUGCGAAAAUGUGUGGCGCCAUUGUGAAGGAGGCGAUAAGAAAGGAGAUCGAGGGUGGUGCAUGA